AUGCCUCGGAAGCUGCCAUGGCUCACCGAGAAGCCCGACCCGCCGCUGGCCGAGGCGCGCGUCAAGAAGCGCCGCCUGCAAUCUCCCGACCUUUCCGAUGCGCUCGAUGAUAUUGCACCUACUCCGCGACGCAAGGGACAGGCUCGCGCCACCCGAACGCCGUCUUCCUCACCUCCGCCGCAGCCUCCGAAGCAAGAAUUCAUGCGAGAUGGAUUCGCGGCUGAUGACAUCUGGAUGAUGGUCGAGAAUGAAUUCCUCGAUACGGCAAGGGCCUUCACUCGACAUCUCCACCAUGCUGAGUAUCAUCGUCUGAAGCGUGUCGCCCGCGAGAAGAACGCAUCCGCUGCUCAGAACAUCGUUCGACCUGUCGUACCCCGCAGCAAGAUGAGUGUCGAGUCGCAGUUGAGGCACGAGGCAAAAGCGCGGGCCGAACGACAGGCCGAGGGCCUGCGCAGAAUCGAGGGUGGCAACAUAGGCGCAGACGAGCCCAGGGAAGAGCCCGAGGAAGAGGUUCCCUGGGCUCGAGAUCCACAUCUUGGCGGCCUGAUGUCGGGCUCGCAGGACUCGACAAGUCGGCUGGCAACACUAGCCGGCAUCAAGUCGAAGACUCGUGCUGCCGCUGGUUAUUCUGGUGCCCAAUCAAAGCCAUCCCCCACCAGACACAAAGAAGCCCGGCCCCGUUCCUCAUUUGAAGGACUAGCAAGGGAAACUAGGCGUGCUGCAGUCGGCAGUGACGAGGAUGAUUUAGACGCAUUCAGUUCUGGCAGGAGAAGCAUGAGCAAAGAGUCUGUGCGGCGGCCAUCCGGCACUUCCACUAAGACCGCGGAUGCUCGAGAACCUUCGAUGCUGCCGCCGAGACAUCCCAAGCAGUCGGAACAUAACAACUCAUCACUAACGAAGCAAUCUCCAAACUCGAAGGGCCGAACAAACGUACCAGACCGGCUCCCACCAAGCUCAGGGUCUCCUGGAAUCGCUACGAGCACCUCAACUUCGUCCAAACCAAGCAGGAGAAAAGUACUGACAUCAAAGUUCACUUUCCUCGAUUCGUUUGGAGGGCCCGAUGGCCCGUCAGACAAGGCUAAGGAUGACAGUCUUGAUCCCAAACAGCCCGCAAGGCCGAGCGUAAAGAAAGAGAAGGAGAAAAAGUUCAUUCCAGCCGACGAGAUACCCACUUUCCUUUUCUGA